AUUAAACUGUGGAACACGAUAAAUAUAAUAACAUUCUUAAGCUCACCUAGUAGACUGCUUCAUUUAUCAAUCGUUGUUUGUAGUUCAUUCGUUAUUUUGUUUUUAUCUCGCUUUUUAUUCUUAUUAUAGGUGACCAGAUUUGUAUUUAAAACGACGAAAAGAGUCCCGCAUCAAUUCAAUUCCUUUCAGGACUUCGAAGAAGAUAGUUCAUACAGCUGACUUGGGACCGAAACUUUGUUGUUUUGCAAACGAAGAAGACAAAAAAGCGCGAUUGCAAUCAAUAGAGAGGCCAAGAGAAUUCCACAGACAUAGUGAACCGUAAAAGUUUCAAGAAGUUUAUUUACAUACGCCGGAAUUUUUGUUCAAGUGCCAAAAACCGAGGUGAAUUGAAUUACCGCAAAGAUAGUUCACGACGACGACGUUAGAACGAAUCAGUGCGAAAUUCAUAGUGCCAGUAGAUCACUUCGAGUGUUAAUUUUCCAAACUUAUUUCUUUUCCCACUAGUCAAAUAAAAGCCAAAAUGAAUUCAACUGUGCUUAUAGUUACGCUAUCACUUGUGAUGAGUGUGUUGCUCGUUAAUGCCGAAGACGAUGGAAGAUACCAUGCCGAAAAGUACAGUCAAAAUGCAGUGUUCUUCCGACGCGCCGCUGAUGGAAAAUAUAUACCAAUGAAUGACCGAACAUACCAUCAUGUACAUGAUAGACGUGAAUUGGGAAGAUAUGUGCAUGUUCACAUUCCAUACACCGGCGGAUAUGGACCAUAUGAUCACAUGCCAAAUCCAUAUUUGCAUGAAGGAGUUCCAUACAUUCACGACGGUGACUACGAACACGUAAGUAGCUCCAGUGAAUAUCAUCCGUACAAUGAACAAGGAUACGAGAUUCCAAAGCCUGAAAUUCCACUUGUUUACGGAUUUCCAAAUAUACCAUUAUUACCAUCCUCUCCAAAAUUUCCCGAAUCAACCGAUACCGAAACCAAUCUUCUUCUUGACACACCAACCACUACCGAUGCGACUUCUUCAUUCUUUGAUAGCACCACUAUCUUAACCGGUGACAGUUUGAACAGUAGAAAAAAACGAUCCCUAUUUCAUUCACAGCCAAAAACAAUUGAAAUCACAUCAACAACAACCACGGCACGUCCAACCCGACCACGUACACGCUACGAUGACGAAGGCAAAUGGAGAAUCAUUCGACAAGAAGAGAAUAAACAACAAAAGAAAUACGAUUACUUUUUCGAAACUGAGAACAAAAUCUUUGCACAAGAAGCUGGAAAAGUGAGCGGAAAAGAAAAGGAAGGCACCAGCGGUAUUGGCUGGUAUCAAUAUGUCGGUGACGAUGGCAAAGUCUAUCGCGUUGAAUAUGAAGCUGGCGAACAAGGAUUUGUUCCAAAGGGAGACCACAUCCAUAAAUCCAUUCAAAAGCAUUUGAACAGCUUGAAAGAGCGCAAUCUGAUCUAAAUGUAUCGAACUGCUUAAGAAUAAAUGUAGCUAAUCUAAAUCGACGGUGUGCACCUUGCCAUACAUACACCAUUCAUACACAUACAUACAUCGGAAUUGAAAAUCGAUAAUUUAAGGCUUAAGUAACAAAAUCGAGUGAGAGAUAAUUUUUGUGAUAACUGAGAAAAUAUGAAGAUGAUUCGAUUAUAAAUCGAAUAUUACCAAGAAUACAGAUCGUACUAAUAUGAACACUCCCCACCAUCCAUACUCAUCCACCGCACUUAUUUGAUCAUACCAGAUUUAUGGUGUUUAUCCUACCCCUAAAACCUUGCACAUUUUCAUUCCAUUUAAAGUGUCACAUUCAAUUGCAACAUACUGCCGAAUGAAAACAAUCCUUUUAUUGUUCAUAUUAACGCUCUAUUUCUUAUUCAGUUACUCAAUUACAUUUCCAAUUGUAAUAAACAAUUAACCCUUUUUUCUCUCGUUAAAAUAAAUUUACAUUGAAGUUCAGCUGUUUUGAUACGAAUUGAAAAUUCGAGUCUUUGGACGCAACCUUAAAAAAGUGCAUUAGUUUAUUUCAAUUCUAUUAAUUCUAGAGUAAUCAUUUGUAAAUUAGUCAUUAGAAUCUGAUUUAAUAAAAAACAAAGACUUUUUU